UAGUGCAAAGUGAAUGCAAGUUUCAUGACUUCUUUAAUAACAGUGCUAACACAACUCAUUCUAAAUGCCUUCCUAAAUUCGAAAUUCUCGCAUAAACACAUGAUCCCUAAUGACACGCUAAUGUUAUUAAAAUCAUGCAUGUUUCACCUAAAUCGAACCACUUCGUCAUCACUUGCACUCUUUGUCAUGUAACUUUUUGCUGGGAUCCUUUGGAAACCACCUAAAUAUUCGGUGUAUUAUUAAUUUAUUUUUCCCACACACAAAUCGCGAAAAAUAAUUAAAAUUAUUUAUUAAAUCAAUAAGUAAAGUUAUUGGCUUUAAACAAGAGAAUAUUAUGGCCAAAGUAAGAAUACCCAAACAGAAGGUAAUAUUGUGCGGUGAUUAUGGAGUUGGCAAAAGUUCUUUGUUUCGACGUUUUACCAAUAAUACAUUUGUGACGGACACCGACCGCAAGUCUACAUUGGGUUUAGACCAUAUUGACAAAGAUUAUCGCAUAGAUGACAAACAAAUAAAGUUACAAUUGUGGGAUACUGGCGGUAUGGAAAGGGUGGCCUCGGUUACCUCUUCCUAUUACAAAUUUGCCGAGGGAGCUAUUUUGGUGUUUGCCUUAGAUAGUGCCGCCUCUUUUCACUCUUUGUCACAGCAUCUAUUGGACAUAGUGACGUAUGCAGAAAAUGCUAAAAUUUUCAUUUGUGGCAAUAAGUCUGACCUGGAGGGACGGGAGCCUGAAGUCACCGAUGCUGAGGUAGAGGCAUUUUGUGAACAGUGUCAUACACUUAUAAGUGCCACUUAUAAGACAUCUUGUAAAACCGGCGAGGGCAUAGAGGAAAUGUUUGAGGAUAUUUCCCGUUUACUAGUAGAAGCGAAUCGUUCAAAAAUGGAUUUACAGGCCAGCAUGGAACAGCAUGGUUUUCAAAUCGUAGCCGGCCAAGUGGAACUAAUGGACGGUGUUGAUGAGGGCGAGGAAGCCUCUAGUUGUGUUUGCUAGCAAAUGGCCGAACUGGAGUUCGGUUAAGGAGCCAGUGCCAAGUAUAAUUGAUAUAAGGGUGGUUGGGGUUUGUAAUUUAGCAACCCCAGGAGGGUGGUACUUUUGUAAAGGUAUUACUCAUAUUCAUAAGAGGUCUCAAUUUGUCAUUCUAAUACGAUUUCAUUUAACAGUUUUGUAAAAGCUUUAAUUUAUAAUUUAUAUUAACUUAAUAUAGGUUUAUUAAUCAUCACAUAUUAUUAAAAAAGAAUCAAAUAUUUAUAACUUUUAUAUUCAUAUAAAGAAAGAAAAUCAUUAUUGUUAUUAUCCGACCUAACAGACUUGCUAAUCCAAAUGAUUGAAAUUUCGCAAUUACAUAUUAUUAAAAUUCUAAAUUUUUUAAUUCUGUUUCAAAACUGUAUUUCGGAAAUUUGUAUAUCAAAAUUUAGCCAUUAUAUUUUGAAAUUCUUAUUUGCAUUUUAAAACAUAAUUUUAAAUUCGAGUUAAAUUUUUUAAUAAUUCAAAAUUGCUUCCACUUUUGAUCGGAAUGAAAUUCUGUUAUUAGGCAGGUAUAUAUAAAAAACGUCCAUUAAUCAUGAAUUUUGAAAAAAAAACUAAUAACAUUUAAAAAAAAUCAAUAUUUGUAAACUUAAGAUUUCGAUAGUAGAAAGCCCGGCUUAAAAUGUAGAUAAAGUAGUGCUGCUUUAUAUUUAAGUUCAAUAAACUACAACAACACAGGAUGGUUUAAAAACCCUUUUUAUCUCAUUUAAAAAAAAAA